AUGCCUGACGACAAACAGCUCGAUGUCCUGUUGUACGGACUUGGAGCGAUCGGAUCAUUCUAUGCUUUCAUUCUAAGCAGAGCACCACACGUUCGAUUGACAGUUGUCGCAAGAUCGAAUUACGACGCAGUGAAAGAGAAUGGAAUCACCCUCUACAGCGAGAACCAUGGGGAGCAUACCAUCCGCCCGUACAAAGUCCUAAGAAAUGCAGCCGAGGCAGAAUCCAAAUUUGACUACAUCAUCUGCGCGCACAAGGCCAUCGCGCAGAAUGCCGUUCCGGCGCAGAUCGCCCCGGCGGUAGAUGAAGACAAGUCAACGAUUGUCAUUAUUCAGAACGGCGUUGGCAACGAAGUGUCGUUUCGUCAAGCGUUUCCCCAUACAACAAUCAUCUCAUGUGUAACUUGGACGGGAGCGGCGCAGCCUCAGCCUGGGCUUAUCAAGCAUACAAAGUCGGAGGAUAUGCAGAUAGGGUUAUACAAGAACGACGCCGACCAAGGAGUCGAGCAACAACGGCUGACCGAGUUUGCCUCUUUACUGACUAAGGGCAAGACCGUCUUCCAGGUGGUGCCCGACGUUCAGGUUCAGCGUUGGGAGAAGGUGGUCUGGAAUGCCGCUUGGAACUCCCUGACAACGCUUACGCUUCUCGACACACACUCCUGGCUGAGCUCAUCGCCAGAAGCCAAGCCGAUGACACAGUGCCUCAUGAGAGAAGUCAUCGACGUCGCCAAAGCUUGCAACGUUCCUAUCGGGUACGACUUGACUGACAAGCUUAUCGGCAAAAUCCUGGACAUGCAUCCAAUUGGCAGCAGCAUGCAAAAUGAUUUCAAAGCUGGGAGGCCGAUGGAAGUUGAUAUUAUCCUCGGCUACCCAUACCGAAAGGGCAAAGAAUUAGGCAUUGCAACACCGACGUUGGAUACGAUUUAUACCAUCUUGACCGGUACCAACGUCCGGCUACUUAGAAAGUCUGAGCAAUGA